AUGAAGUUCUGUAUACAAGCCACCACAGAACAGAGUAAAGAUAAAGUUUACUCAAAAAAUUUAGGAAAUCCAUCAAAUGGCGGAGAUUAUAGCUGGGACUACGCCCAUGCGACAUUUUACGGUGAUAUCCACGGCGGGGGAACCAUGCAGGGAGCCUGCGGCUACGGCAACCUCUUCAGUCAGGGCUAUGGCCUUGAGACCACGGCGUUGAGCACAGCUCUCUUCGACAAUGGCCUCAGCUGUGGUGCUUGCUUUGAAAUCCAGUGCUACGACGACCCAAAUUGGUGCUUUCCUGGUACAAUUCACGUAACAGCAACCAACUUCUGCCCACCUAACUACAGCAAACCCAAUGACAACUGGUGCAAUCCGCCUCUGAAGCACUUUGAUCUAUCAAUGCCCAUGUUCCUGAAGAUUGCGAAGUACAGAGCUGGCAUCGUCCCUGUCCAAUACCGACGCAUUCCGUGCGUUAAAACCGGAGGCAUGAAGUUUGAGAUCAAUGGAAACCCUUAUUUCAUUCUCGUGCUCAUCUACAACGUCGCAGGCGCAGGCGACGUUCGUGAUGUGAAGGUUAAGGGAUCCAAUACUGGUUGGAUACAGAUGACGCAUAACUGGGGCCAGAAUUGGCACACUCAGACUCAGUUGGUUGGACAGAGCUUGUCGUUUCAGGUGACUACCAGUGACGGGAGGAUGGUGCAAUCCGAUGAUGUUGCACCGGCGUACUGGAAGUUCGGCCAGACCUUUGAAGGGAAACAGUUUUGGAGAAUUUGA